AUGACGUCGGUCAAAGUAGCUGUACGUGUACGACCAUUUAAUACUCGUGAACGAAAUCGUCAAGCUAAAUGUAUAAUUCGUAUGGAUCAACAAGAACAAACAACAUUUAUACAAAAUCCGAUUGAUGAAACAAUAAAACAUUAUAAAUAUGAUUAUUCAUAUUGGUCAUGUGAUGAAAAUAUCAAUCAACAAAAAUUCGCAACACAAGCACAAGUCUAUCAAGAUUUAGGCAUUGAAAUGUUAGAACAUUCAUUUGAAGGUUAUAAUGUAUGUAUAUUUGCUUAUGGACAAACAGGUGCUGGUAAAUCAUAUACAAUGAUGGGAAAAAAUGAACCAGAACAACAAGGUAUUAUUCCACGUUUAUGUGGUGAAUUAUUUCAACGUAUUAUUUCAUCAUCACCAAUAUCAUCAUCUCGUAUUAAACCAAAUUAUACAGUUGAAGUAUCCUAUAUGGAAAUUUAUUGUGAACGUGUACGAGAUUUACUUUCACCAAAAAAAUCUCAAACAAUUGGUGUUGGUAGUUCACAUAAUUUACGUGUUCGUGAACAUCCUAUUAUGGGACCAUAUGUUGAGGAUUUAUCUCGGUUACUUGUUACAUCUUAUGAUGAUAUAUCAAGAUUAAUUGAUGAAGGAAAUAAAGCUCGAACAGUAGCAGCAACAAAUAUGAAUGAAACAUCAAGUCGAUCACAUGCUGUAUUUACAAUAUUAUUUUCACAAUCAAUACAUGAUCCAAUAACAGAUUUAACCGCUGAAAAACAAUCGAAAAUUUCUUUAGUAGAUUUAGCGGGAAGUGAACGAGCUGAUUCAACUGGUGCAACUGGUGAUCGAUUAAAAGAAGGUGCGAAUAUUAAUAAAUCAUUAACAACACUUGGAAAAGUUAUUGCAGCACUUGCUGAAAUGAGUUCAAAAAGUCGUAAAAUACGUCCAGAAAAAAAAUCUGAUUUUAUACCCUAUCGAGAUUCAGUGCUAACUUGGUUGCUCAAGGAAAAUCUUGGUGGUAAUUCAAAAACAGCUAUGAUAGCUGCAAUAUCACCAGCAGAUAUAAAUUAUGAUGAAACUCUUUCGACUCUUCGUUAUGCUGAUCGUGCAAAAGCAAUUGUUUGUAAAGCAGUUAUUAAUGAAGAUGCUAAUGCUCGAUUAAUACGUGAUUUAAAAGAAGAAAUUAUUAAAUUAAGAGAAUUAUUAAAGAAUGAAGCUGGAAUUAAUCUAUCAUCAGAUGGAAUAUUAACAUCUACUACUUCACCUACACAUACUUCUAAAUCUCAACGUUUGGAAUCAUCAUCAUCACCACCCUCAAAAAUAAGUGAAGAUACUUUAGAACGUCUGAAAGAAAAUCAAAAACUAAUGGAUUCAUUAUGUAUGUCAUAUGAAGAAAAACUUCAAAAAACAGAAAAAAUUAUGGCGGAACGAGAAGCUGCUUUUCAUGAACUUGGUGUCUAUUCAAAGAAUGAUGGAAAUGCUGUAGGAAUAUUCUCACCAAAGAAUUCUCCACAUCUUGUUAAUCUUAAUGAAGAUCCAUUAAUGUCUGAAUGUUUAAUGUAUUUUAUUAAAGAUGGUACUACUCGUGUUGGCCGUCCUGAUGCGCCUAUUCAUCAAGAUAUUGUUUUGUCUGGUUCACAUAUUGAACCUGAACAUUGUAUACUAAUAAAUUCACAAAAUAUUGUUCAUUUAAAACCAUGUAGUCAAACUGCAAUGUGUUAUGUUAAUGGAAAACAAGUUGAUCUAAAUACAACCGUUGAACUGACAUCUGGAUCUCGUGUUAUUUUUGGUAAAUCACAUGUUUUUCGUUUUCUUAAUCCUGAACAAGCUCGACGAAAAACUAUUAAAACAGAAUCAACUAGUGAACCACCUGAUUGGAAUAGUGCUAUACAGGAAUUAUUAGAAAAACAAGGUGUAGAUAUAAAACAUGAAAUGGGAAAAAAACUUGUAACAAUGGAAGAAGCAUUUAAACGUGAAAAAGAAGAAGUUGAUCGUCUUUUACAUAAACAAAAACUUGAAUAUGAAUCUAAAAUAGUUGAAUUACAAAAACAAGUUAUGGAAACAUCUAUGAGUCAAUCAAUGCUUUCAUCAAUUUUAUCAACAUCAGGUUUAGCGGAUUCAUUAUUAUUUCGACAACAAACACUUCAAGAGGAUCUGCUUGAAAAUGAUAAUGAUACCAUGAGUUAUUGUUCGUGGUCUGAACAAGAUUAUCAAUUAGCUUGGUGGGCAUGGAAAAAAUGGCGUUUUCAUCGAAUGACAUCAUUAAGAGAUAUUUUAUGGGGCAAUAGUGUUUAUUUAAAAGAAGCAAAUGCUAUAAGUGUUGAAUUACGUAAACGUGUACAAUUUCAAUUUAUUCUUUUAACUAAUACACUUUAUUCUCCAUUACCAACUGAAUUAUGUUCAACAUCAUUAACACAAAAUACAAUUGUUGCUAUUGAAGUACAAGAUCUUAAAAAUGGUGCUAUACAUUAUUGGUCACUGGAAAAAUUUCGAUCUCGUCUGGAAAUAAUGCGUCUUAUAUACAAUUGUGAGCAAAUAUCAAUUCCUCGUGCAGUUAGUUAUAGUGAUAUAAGUGAUGAAUCCUCACCAAAUAUUACUACGACUACUAAUUCUCAAGAUUCAAAUUGUGACGAUACAAUUUCAAGUGCAACUAAUAAAGGAAAUUUUGAUUUUUCUACUAAAGCCAGACAACGACUUGAAUUAAUGCGUGAAAUGUAUUCAAAUGCAGCUGACAUUUCACCAACAUCACCUAAUCGAAGUAUGGAAUCAUUAACUAUGGAUGACACAUCAACAGCUACUAUUCAAGCUGAUCCAUUUUAUGAUCGAUUUCCUUGGUUUCGAUCGAUUGGAAGAGCAUUUGUUUAUUUAACAAAUCUUCUCUAUGGGUUUUCAUUAGUACAAAAUGUUGCUAUUGUAUCUGAACGAGGUGAUAUAAAAGGUUAUUUAAAAAUUGCUAUACAACAAAUACAAACAACAUCAACACAAGAGACAACAACCGAACAAAUUAAAUUAAUGAAAACAUAUAGAAAUGCUAACGGAAUGACAAAAAUUGCUUUUAAUGAUGAAACAUAUUUUCAAGAUCUGAAUAACCCAUUAUCAAAUGAUUUAAUAAAAUCAUGUGAUUCUUUGGAUCCUAAUAUUCGUUAUGUUGAAGGACGAUCACAAAAUGGUUUAAAUGAUGUAUAUCAACCGAAAUCUGUUACUAAUUCUUUAUUAUCUUCAAAUGAAAAAAAAGAAUCAACUAUAAUGACAACUAGCGAUAUAAUAUCAAAUGAAUUAUUAGCACAACUUGGUGUUGAAUAUCAAUUUCGUGUUGUAAUUUUAGAAGCAUCGGAGAUUCCAAUUGAAUACGAAGAUAUUUUUUGUCAAUUUAAUUUUCUUCAUCAACAUCAUGAAGCUUAUUCAACAGAACCAAUUAAAAAUCAAACAAAAUCUUCUGUACCACUUGCUUUUAAUCAUAUGCAAAAUUUCAGCGUUAUUGUUACCCGUUCAUUUCUUGAUUAUAUUCAUCGAAAACCAAUUAUCUUUGAAGUCAUGGGUCAUUAUCAAGAACAUUUAAACUCCAAAUUCUAUAAUACAAUAACAACGCCUUCACCAAUAAUUCACACACGACCAAUACCGUUUUCAAAACCAAUCUCAGUUCAAACAUUAAAUUCAUUAACAACAACAACAAAUUCAACAAGUGAAAUUCAGUCAAGUCAUGAUAUUCUUGUUUGGUAUGAAAUAUUUGAAUUAUCACCAAAUGGCGAAUAUGUUGCUGUUACCGUUGAUCAUUCGGAUGAUAUUCAAUGUUCAGGUCGAUUUAUUCUUCAUCAGGGUAUUCAACGACGUAUUGGAAUCACAUUAUGUCAUGAAUCAAGUUGUGAACUCAUCUGGAAAAAUAUUCAUGAAGUUGUUAUUGGUCGAAUUCGUAAUCAACUUGAUGAUAAAAAGAAGGAUGAUGAUGAUGAUGAUGAAAUUCUCUCAUUAAAUAUAAUAUCAUCUCAAUAUAUUGAAAAACAACAUGAUAAACGAAUAUUUUUUCAUUUUGAAGUUGCUUGGGAUUCAUCAUUACAUAAUUCAUUGUUAUUAAAUCGUUGUACAUCAAAUGGAAAUUCCGUUUAUUUAACAAUAUCAUUUUGUAUUGAAAUUGAAAACUGUUCACAGCCAAUAAUUAUAACAAAAGAUCUAUGUGUUAUUUUAUAUCCACGUAAUAAUGAUUCAACAUCACGUAUACGUUCAUCAUUAAGAAAUUUUUUUCUUUCAACAAAUUCAAUAAUGCGAACAUCAAUUACAGAUGAAUAUUCCAAUAGUAUAUCAACUAUUUAUGAAUUAAAAUUAAAAAAUAUUUCGAUGUCAAAUACAAUAACAAAAGAUUUAUCAGAAGAAAGUCCGGGUACACGACGAAGACAACGAAAAAUAAUUGAUACAUCAAAAAUUUAUGUACGUGGAGAAGAAAUGCUACAUGGAUGGAGACCAAGAAGUGAUUCAUUAAUUAUUGAACAUCAACAAGAUCUUAGAAAAUUAUUUAAAAUUGAAUCGGUUGAACAUACAAAACAUAUUUUACGAGUUGAAAAUCAUUUAAAUAAUUCAUUACAAUCAUCUGAAAAUAUUAAAACAUCGAUAAAGAAUUCAAAUAUUUCAAUUGAAGAUUAUCAAGAAAAAUUACUUCGCCAUUGUUUAUCAUUAAUGACAUCAUCAAUUACUUCAAAAUUAGCUACAGAUGAAAUUAAAGGAACAACAACUAAUCAUCUAUCAUUAAAUGACACUUCUAUUGAUCAUUCUCUCAUAAAAUCAACAACUAUUACAGAAAUCUCACCUAUACAAACAGAUAAUCAAAUGAAUACUUCUAAUCAAUCAUCUUCGAAUACUUCAGACUUAAUAAAAUCAAAUCAUUUGGAUUCAUCAUUUACAAAUAAAAGUGAUGAAAAUAAUGAUUCUGUAUUAUCUAAUAAUGGUGAAUGUAAUCCAAUAAAAUAUAUUCCAUUAAUUGAAGAAGUGCAUAUAUCUCCGAUUAUUACACGUCGUGGUUAUUUGAAUUUUCUCGAAGAAAAAGAAUUUAAUUUGAUAAAAAGAUAUGUUAUUGUGCGGCGUCCAUUUGCAUUUUUAUAUAAUCAUGAAAAAGAUGUUGUUGAACGUGGAUUAAUUAAUUUAAGAACAUCUCAUAUUGAACUGAAUAAUGAGAAAUUUCUAAAUGGAGCAAAAAAUAUUCAUAAUACAAUUUCCGUUGUUUCAAAAUAUCAUCAUUUUCUUAUUCAACCAUUAGUUGAAAAAGAUCUUUAUGAAUGGCUCUAUGCUUUUGAUCCAUUAGUUGCUGGACAAAUCAAAUCAUGUUUAUCAGAUAAACGAUCAAAAAAAAUCUCAUUUUAA